GCAUCUGCAAUCCCCUGUCUCCUCAUCCCUCACCUUCCUCGAUCCACCCACACCACCAGCAUGGCCGACGCUCAACCCUCCUCUGCCGUCUCGGAAAACCUGUCCGAAGUAAUGGAAGGUCCCCAGCAGUUUGCCAAGGACAGCAUCCAGUUCAUGAACCGAUGCACAAAGCCCGAUCGCCGAGAGUUCAUCCAGAUUUCCAGGGCCGUUGCCAUUGGAUUCCUCCUCAUGGGCUUUAUUGGAUUUUUUGUCAAGCUGAUCCAUAUUCCCAUCAACAACAUCAUUGUCGGUGGCGCCAAGUAAUUGCGCAAGAAAGCCAUCAAACCUUACACUCCAACGACGCCGCCCAUCCAGGGCCCUCUCUGUGGCAAAUUUCACCCUCUCGCCCUUCACAAAUCCUCAUGGUCGGGUCACUGCGGUUAUGAGUAUGAUAGAUUGGAUCAAUAAACUGUUGACGGAUACCAUCCUAGCAGGUUUAACUUUA